GUCUUUUGUACUAGACGCAUACUCUUUGUGGAAUAUACGUGGACUGCGAUAAGCAUACGCAAGAGCAAGCCUCAUGAAAAAUAUUUAAGUGGUAGUUAAGUUUUUUCACAAUCUACUUUGCAAUUUAGAGUUGCAAAUAAGUUGAUACGAUGACAUCAAAUAUAAAAUUUAUUCUGUUUGCGUUUAUAAUUAUUAUGACAUUCUCAGAAGGAAAAUCACAAUCUUGGCAGAACUUUCUGCUUCAAAACGAUUUUAUAAAUUUUCUGUUUCCUAAAGAACCUGGUUUAGUGAGAGUAAGAAGAAUGGAUCGAACCAAAAGAAUAGACAACGCAAAAAUAUUGGAUUUCGUUGGCAUAGUAGAACAAUAUGAUUAUCCCGCUGAAGAGCAUAAUGUCACAACAGAGGAUGGUUAUAUUUUGCUAAUACACAGGAUACCUGGAAGUCCAUUAUUGGAUAACAAUAAGGGAAAAAAGGAAAUUGUUUUUAUCCAACACGGUAUUUUGGCUUCAUCUGAUAGCUGGAUAUUACGCGGACCUGGUAAAGAUCUUGCAUUCUUAUUGGCAGAUCAAGGAUAUGAUGUAUGGCUUGGAAAUAUGAGAGGAAACUCUUACUGUAGAUCGCAUGUGAAUAUGACGACAUACGAUCCCAAAUUCUGGCAGUAUAGCUUUCACGAGGUUGGAACAAAAGAUCUGCCAGCUAUGUUCAAUUACAUUUUUAAUUAUACAGAUCAAAAAAAUUUAUAUUAUAUCGGUCAUUCAAUGGGGACUACUUCAUUAUUUAGUCUUCUGUCAACAAAACCAGAAUACAAUAUAAAAAUAAAAAUGGCUAUUUGUCUGGCUCCAGUUGCUUUUUGGAUGAAAGUGACACCUACAUUUGACAGAAUUCUUAACAGUUUUCCAAUAGUAAAGGAAGUUCUAAGAGAACGUGAAAUAUAUGAUAUUUUACCACAAUCUUUAACGACUGUUACAGUAGCAAGAUUAUUGUGUAAUGAUAAUGCAAUGACUCAAUUUAUUUGCAUCACUAUAUUGUUUUUUAUUGUUGGUCGUGAUCCAACACAACUCAAUACUACAGCUCUGCCAGAUAUACUUUCCUAUUUUCCAGCUGGUACUUCUGUACAAACAUUAGGACAUUAUUAUCAAAAUGCUCAUAUGAAUGAUUUUCGAAGCUAUGAUUAUGGAACAGCUGAAAAUUAUAAACGGUAUAAACAGAAAACACCUCCAAGGUAUGAUCUCGAAAAGAUUAUUGCUCCGAUGAUUUUAUUUUACGCGGCAAACGAUAUGGUUGUCACAAAACAGAAUGUGUUUGAACUUGACAAACGCUUACCAAAUGUUUUUCUAAUCGAAAAAGUCCCAUAUGAAUUCUUUAAUCAUGCAGAUUACAUAUGGGCAAUCAAUGGAAAAACUCUUUUAUACGAUCGUAUAUUAGAAUUAAUACAG